AUGCAAACCAUCGGAUAUAAUGAGCGAUUUUUCGUCGACAAUUAUUCCACCAUGGACGAAGACGAUGAGCUGUAUCUGAGCUAUGAUUGGUCAUCGGACGCGAUGUCGAUUAAGAGCGCCGGAAGCGACUCUAGCAAAUCCGAUGACUGUGACCAAAACGGCGAGCGGCUGUCGCUGGCGUACGAAAGGCUAUCGCAAAUCCCGCGCAAAAUAGCCGAGAAGUUUUCCCGCACCACAACCAUACUGGAUCUAAGCUACAAUGAAAUCAAAGACCUGUCCUUUUUGACCCACUUUCGGCAGCUGAACACGCUGAUCCUCGACAAGAACCUGCAGCCGGACGAGCGCACGUUACCCUCCCUACCGAACCUCGAGCUGCUGUGGCUCAACCACUGUGAUAUCAUCAACCUGCAGAACUGGAUCUACCGGAUCCGGGAGUGCUGCCCAUCCAUAAAGUACCUCUCGCUAAUGGGCAAUCCGGGCGCGACGUCUGCCUUCAACGGCAACUCCACGCUCGAGCACAACGACUACCGGUUGUUUGUCGUCAGUGUUCUUCCGCAAUUGCGCCACCUGGAUGACAGUGAGGUGACCGCGGCCCAGCGGACGCAAGCGAAAAGCUUCAAGCACAGCUACAACCUCAACCAGGGUCCGUACAACAUCUUCGAGACGGUUGCGAGGCGGCAGCAGUCGGUGCCGUUGCUGGAAAAUUCCAACAUCAGCCCGGGUGCUCUAGCGACAUCGUCGACGCACGUGAAGGUGUCCGCGGCUCAGAAGAAAACCCGAAAGCGACGGAGUGGUGGCACACAGUCGGAAAACUCGUGACGCGUCUCCGACGGGAGACUUAGCGAUUUAGCUGGGAGCGAAAUAACCCCUAACGUUAGCAUAAUGAGCGUAUAAUGUCCAGUACAUUCGCUAGAUUUGACAAAUCGCAAUGGCGGCGAUUUUUCGGUGCUGUUUUGUAAUGUUUUUGUUCGUAAUAAAUAUUGA